AAGCCUCAGUUCAACGGAGGACGCCUUCCUCAUCUUCCUGCUCUUCCUCCUUCAUCGUUGUCCACCACCGCCUGCCUCGUCGGCCGCCGUGCACAUCGUCCUACACGACUCCGAUCACGCCUGCGCUGUCUGCUCCCACACAGGCCACAUUCGCUUCGGCGUCUCCUUCCACCUUGCUCGCCACCUGCACGUCUUCCGCGUUCUGCGUGCUGUCGUUCUUCAUCUUAUUGCGGCUUGCGUCGUUUGUCACUUUGAUCUCCGAGGCUUGCUCGCAGUUGUCUGCACACAUUGCAUACUUUUCGGGUUGCGGUUUCCAACUUCAACCUGACCCUCAUACACGCUCACUUGUUCAGCUGCAGCAGUGCUCAUUCGUACUAUAGACCCAAUCCGCUCUGGGUUUCUCUGUGUUUGUCAUUGCAUGCCAGUAAUAUCUCCAGGUGAACGGUGUGCCGAUCUGUGCCCGCUUAGCACGCCGUAAGUUCUCAUCUGUUGCCUAUAGUCGCGCUUAACCCUCUCCGAAUCCAGAAUAUGUUGAACGUCAACGCCAAUCCCACCUCGUCCUUUCUCUCGCAGCCCCCGCCGCCACAGCCUCCACAGCCUGGUGUUCAAGGCCAGUCACACAUGCAAUUCAUGUCCAAUCAUCCCGGUUCUGCGCCAGGUAUGCUAGGUGGGCCUCAAGGUGCAAACGGCUUGCCGAACCCGUCCGCAUAUCCACUGCAUAUGCGUCAAGGUAAUCCUCAGAGAGCGCCGAGCUUCGGACAACAGCCACACAAUGGUCAGACUUUCAACCCCCAGUCGUCUGGAGCACCAUCGCAUAUGAAUGGUAUAGGCUCUGGUCCAGCCUUUAGUAACCAGAUGAUGCAGCCUAUUCGACGUGUACCUUCUCAGGGCCAACCCAUGAAUCCAGCCAUGGCCGGAAUGGGCGGGCAACCAGCGGUAGGAACUGUAGCUGGCAUGCCUGGUAUGGGCGUGAACGGUAUGAGUAUGGGUCCCGGACAUAUACGUCAAGGCCCCUCCCUAGCUCAACAACAUCCUCAAAAUAUGCGUCUGCAGCAUCAUAUGAUGCAAGGACAGGGACAUAUACCUGAAAUGAACAUUGGCAUAUCUCGACAGCCGCCACAAGUGCACGGUAGCGGCGGCAUGAUGUCGACAGUCAUGGGAAGAGCUCCAUCCCAUACGUUUAUGAACAACCCACCGUCUGCUCAGUCGCAUUCGGCCGGCAUUCAGCCGCCACACCAUCCGCAAGGGUUCCAAAACAACAUGGGGGUCCCUCCAGCCCCGAUAGGUUCAUCUCCACAUAUUUCACCUCCUCACAACGCAGGCAUCAUACCUCCACCGUUGAAUCAUUCGAACAGUAUGCCCUCUGUUGCGGGAAAUCGUGCUCGUAUGACACCUGAGAAUUCUGGCUUAAUGAAUCACUUACAAUCGAGCGCAUCUCAUGCAUCUCGUUUGCCGGCCCUUGGUGCCCCAUUCGCUUACACAUCCUCUACAACUCCUCCUAAUUCCGCUGGUGAUAUGUCCCACCUCUCAGGCACGAGUUCACAGGGAACUGGCGGAAGGGCUGGAUUGCUUGCUACGCCGGCACAGACAUUUGGACAAAUGAGUCAAAGUAAUUCCGACGGAUUUCAGGUUUCGUUUAGCGUUCCUUCUCAGCCACCAUCAGCUCCAUUGCGACCACCUUCCAGGCCAGCUCCUCACCCCUCCUUUGUCACAAGCCAGGAUGCGCUGUCCGGUCAGUUGCAGCAACAAUCACAGCAACUACAACGACCGCCAUCCAUAGUUCAUCGCCAAUCGCCUUUUCCAGGCGAAAGAUCAGGUUCGUCCGCUCAGGUCCAACGUCCGCAGUCCCGGCCUUCUUUAUCAAAUGGCCAGUCACCACAACACUUAGGUCAACCAAGAACGCCUCGUAUUUCCCAACCAGCACCAGGUCACCCACCUCAAACAGGCAACGGCGUUGCAGCACCCUCCCUCUCUCAACAGCCUGCUCCAUCUGCCAACACGACAGCAUCUCCCAGUGAACAAGACAAUGCUAACUCUUUCGCUCCCCCACCCACCACUGUGCGCCUGCGGACCGAGUUUCACCCUGCGGUCCAACCGUUAAUGUCUGGAGUUCGACUUCUGCCGCAACAACAACAACAAUAUCAGUCACAAUACCUUGCAUCGACAGCCGCCCAGUGCGGACCUGGUAUCGGCCGUCUCCUCUUUUUCAGCGGAAUGCUUGCUACGGAAACGUCGGAUAGAUUUCAGUUGUCUCAUUGGCAGAAUAUCGUCAAUCUUUAUUAUCUGCCGCACGCUGUGUUCAAGUUUACAUUGUGGAAGGACAAUCAAAGAACAGAAGCGAAGCCAUUUGAGAUCGGCGUGCCUAUAUUGCCCCGCUUUUUCCUGGUGACCAGUCAAUCUGGUGUCAAAACCAUGCAUUUGAACUUGGACGGUGCUCGAGAACGCCCUGCAGGCAUGCUGAAUCGCACCAUAGUUGAAUGCACUCAGGCAAUAUGGACGUUCCGAUAUGUCAAUGGUUACGUCGUGACACUUCGUGGACCUCUCUCCGCGACGUUGACGAUAACACCUAUGCCAUCGGUGACAGGGGGCCCGCCGGUGCCCGUGGCCAAAUUCGAGUCCAUGACUUUCGAUGCUCAUCACCAUGAGAAGACGAUUUCUCUCGAUGCUAUCGUAGGCAAUCGAUUGACGGAUUCGCCUAGAACUCCCAGAGCACCUGUUCCGAGGACACCUACAAUGAAUGUCAAUGAUAGAGGGCCGAGCCAAGUGGAAGAAGAGGAUGGGAGGAGUGACGAACCCAGGAUUAUUGUCGACCGGGCAACGAUGCCGGCGGAACCUGUCAAUGCCUUCGGCAUACCUCAGGCGACGAUGCGAUGUUUAGAGCUGGCGGAAAGCGUCGCACAGAUGUCUGAUCUCAUACAGUUCUCAAAGGAUUAUGAUCUCGGUCCUCUGGAUGCGUUGAAAAAUUUUGCGAGGAGUCUACGGGACGCCCAGUCAACGAACAUGAGCAUUGUCGGUCAAGGUGCUUCGAACACAGAUGGUGCGAGCAGCGACGGCAAACAACCAGUAUCAUCGGAUAAUAAUAAUGUUGUAGCAAACCCAUCAUCACCUUCAUAUCAGGGGGCCUCAACGCCGUCAGCCCCCCAAAGUGCUGCAUCCGGCUCAAGUGCACCGCAAGCAGGGCCAUCUGCCAUCGAGCCGAAGACUUCCAAAAGUUCACUGGCGCAAGCGCAAGCAGCUGUAUCUACGCCGACGUCAGCUCCUGCGAAUGCCACAACACCUGCAGCUGCAUCUACACCGAGCGCAAGUGCCAAUACCCCUCAUGUAGCACCUGCUACAUUGAAGCGCAAGGCGCAAAAUGCGGAUACGGCAUCACCCACUACAACUACGCAUGAUUCUGCACCUCCUGCGAAACGUCCAAAUCGGAAACGGGGGAAGACACAAGGUGGAUAGCUAUCUCUGGUGUUGUUUGUUCUUUUCUUUUCAGGGUUCUUACAUCUCCAUCUAUUUGCAUCUGUCAUUUGCGUCUGUUGGCUUAUUGUACUUUGCAUAACUUAGGAUCUAGAUCUGUAUUCUACACGUUCUGUAUUAGAUUGUGGACCCAUUCUGUAUGAUACCGAUCGAGCUUACACAUCUCUCAAAUUCACUCAUCGCAAACGUUGUUCCGGAGUUUGUGU